CCUGGUGAAGCUCGUUCACUGAGAGCAAACAAGCAGCAGACUUUGAGAGUGAUUCAGGUCGAGCAGACACACAGGUGUAUGAAAAACUGUUGGACCAGAGGCCUGCAUGCUUGGAUCAGUAACUGAGGAUGGAUCACAAAAAACAUCUCACCCCCUUUAAAGAGACCAGAACUGGACCUGUACAGAGCCCUGGUCCUGAGUCACCUUUUAAGGCUGUUUUGAGUGUUGAAGAUCAAAUUCUGUCCACUAUUGACACCAGCGCUCUGCUGACUGCAACUUCACCAGAUGAUGAUGAAGAGGAGGCGGAGCAGAAGGAAGAAGGGGAAGAGGAUGAGGAUGGGGAGGAGGAUGAUGAUGCUGAGGAAGAGAAGGAUAAGGGUCUGAGAGUGUGUGAAAUGAAGAUGAAGUCUCAUCACGAGCUGAAAAACAGAAGCAGCUGUGUUUUACUGGAGAGACAACGCAGGAAACGCAUCACUCAGGGCUGCAGGACACUACAAAAUAUGUUACCCAUAAUCCAUGGCAGUGGUGUUGACAUGGUUACAGUUCUGGAAAAAACAGUGGCCUUCCUGGAGAUGGUCCAGGAAUUAGUUCCAGCUGAAGACUCAAAUGUACAGCUCUGUCCUCCUGCUGAGCUCUGUGCUGAUUGGCUGCUGCAGAGUAGAGAGAGCAAGGAGGUCAGCCACAAGAUGGCCACUGAACAAAAGAAGGAAAAGAAACUGAACAGGAGUGGAGGCGUCCUGCUGCAGCAGAAGCGAAGCAGGAGGUGGGCACAUAGAAAGGUUAUUUAACAACAAGCACCAGCAUCUACAUUUAUUCAACGCCUUCUAUCUUCAAUGACUUUAUUCUGCUGUUCAGCCGUUUACAUUGGUUUCAGAAGUCGAUGUGCUAAAAUUGCAAUAUUAAAAGUUUUGGGAGUGGUUAUACAACAUAUUGAUUUGUAUCUGUUGUGAAAGUAAAAGCUUAAGUUUAGA